GAGUAGCGGGGAGCGGAGCGGCUGGCACGCAGGCAGGCGGCACGGGGAAUAAAACCAAGGGAACCUCGAUUUUUCUUCCCCUUCCCCACUAUUUUUACUCCCCUCCCUACUUUCUCCUUUUUUUCUGAAACGCUUUUGGACCAAGUUUUCUUCAGACCGUCUGGGCUUGGCUUUUGAUUAUUUUUUUUUGUCUUUUAACUUUUUCAAAGCUUUUUUUUUUCCCUCUGAGUGUUGUGUGUGUGGCAAAAAAGAAAAGUUACUGUCGAGCCAAGUAAUUCAGGCUCUCUGCAGGCAGGAGGGGGGGAGAAGAGAAGGAAAAAGCUGCCUUUGUUGCUAGCGAGCCCUUGCUGCCUUUAUGUGACUGAGGGGAAGCGACUGCAGGGAAAACCGGCGUGCGAGAGCCGGCAGCGGCUCCCCGCCUCCUCGCUCCGGCAGGGCUGCGAGCGGCCGCCAGGUCCGCUCCCCGCAGUCCCCUCGGAGGCGGCGCGGGCUGCGCUGCUCCGCUUCUCUCCCUCCGCCCGUGCGCACCCACACAGGGCUCUGCCCGUCCCGCUCCGGACGCGGUGUGCGGGGGCGGCUCCUGGCGGCUCCCUCCGCCGGUUGCCAUGGUGCCGCGGCCCGGCGUGCUGUGGGCAGUGGCGGCGGCGGCGCUGGCGCUGCUGGUCCGGCGAGCGGCGGCGGCGCUGGCGGGGCCGGUGGUCCGCUGCGAGCCCUGCGACGCGCGGGCGCUGCAGCAGUGCAAGCCCCUGCAGCCCGACUGCGCCGAGCGGGUGCGGGAGCCUGGCUGCGGCUGCUGCCUCACUUGUGCCUUGCGCCCCGGGCAGCCUUGCGGCAUCUACACGGAGCGCUGCGGAGCAGGACUCAGCUGCCAACCGCGGCCGGAGGAGGCGCGGCCGCUGCAGGCGCUGCUGGAGGGCCGCGGGCUCUGCACCAACGCGACGGCGGGCGGCAAGCUGCGGGCCUUCCUACUGCCGGGACCGCACGCUACAGGAAAUUCCAGUGAUUCAGAAGAAGACCAGAGUACCAGCAGCACAGAAAAUCAGGGCAUUCCAAACUCUCACAGGGUGCCAGAUUCCAAGUUGCAUUCACCACACAUCAAAAUAGAUAUCAUCAGGAAAGUGCAAGCCAAAGAUACUCAGCGCUAUAAAGUGGAAUAUGAUUCUCAGAGUACAGAUACACUGAAUUUGUCUUCUGAAUCCAAACAAGAGACUGAAUAUGGUCCAUGUCGUAGAGAAAUGGAAGACACUUUAAACCACCUAAAGAUCCUGAAUGUCUUGAGUCCAAGGGGCUUUCAUAUUCCAAAUUGUGACAAGAAGGGGUUCUACAAGAAAAAGCAAUGUCGCCCAUCCAAAGGCCAAAAAAGAGGUUAUUGCUGGUGUGUGGAUAAAUACGGGCAGCCACUUCCUGGGUAUGAUGGGAAGGGAAAAGGAGAUGUCCACUGCUAUAACUUGGAAAGCAAAUGAGGGCUGGGUGCCAGCUCUUUUGGCAUCUGGGCGUGGCCACUGGACCUCACAGAGACCUUGGAGGGGCUGGGCAAACACUGUGGACUGCAUUGCGCGUGGAGUAAUGAGCUCUGCUUCUGCAGCAGAUGGAGAGUUGCAGCCUCUGCAGAUGCUGCUGCAGCUGCAUCCUGCCACCAACAUGCACUGAGCUUCCUAUAGGAUGGGUAGGAGCUCUGAAAUCCCAUGUAAACGUGCACUAUUGAUACCCAGAGAGAGGAAAAACAAAAGGCACUUCAGAAUGGAUUCAGGGAGUCUCCACUUACUUUUUAAAGAAUGGCCUGUGACCAAUUUGAUCCUGAAAGAUACUGUUGUUUUUUUUUUAUUUUAUUUUAAAGAAUUUAUAGAUUUUAAGCUUGUAGAAGUAUUAAAGAAAAAAGACCCACAAAACAACCAAACAAAAAAACCAUACAAGGAUUUAAAGGUAAGGUGUUUUUUACAGGUCUGAUGGGAAACUUGUCUUCACGGGUAAAAAGUUUUAUAAAAAUCUCAAAGAACUUUUUAAAGAAAUGUAUUUCUAGAAUAAAGACAUGGCUAUUUUUUCUGUAAAAUAUAUUAUGAAUAUUCUGUUAGUUUGUAUUUAAUAUAAUUGUUUUUUAAUAAACUUUAUUUAAAUGUAACACAUGAAUACCAAAUAUUACAUGGUAAUUCUAGUGUAUACUUCUGUAUGCAAAGAGAAAGCAAGGGUAUGGAGUGACUUACAAAUAUGUUUAAAUCCAUAUACAUACACACUGACCUAUUCUAGAUAAUAGAAAUUAAUUUGUGGAGCAAAGGAAGUGUUUCCAGAAGAGUUUGAGAUUUUGUGUAUUUGAUAUAACUACAAAUACUAAGAUAAUUUUUUUAAAUUAUUGUUAUUUCUAAUUGUUAUUUUCUAAUGUACCCAUCACUGAAUUUUGCCACUGGAAAAGGAUAACUGUUGCACUGAAGCUCUUGGUAAAGCUUUCUUCUGUCUUUUGCUUCAGUUUGUGCAACAGGGCUUACAUUUCCUUCAUUUCCUGCUCACACUAAUACAGAAUAUUCAUGGACAAAAAAAUUGCCAUUACAGUACCAGCCUUUAUUUGCUUAUUUAUUUUGAAAAGGUGUAUCUGUUCUGUGUUGUCUUGGUACAUUCUACCAAAGCACAUACUCUGUAUGAGGAACUCCUGUUCAAAACAAUGCUGACAAGAUGGGGGGAUUGUGGGCCCUGGGUGUUGAGACACUUCAUUUAUGCUACACACAAUUGUUGCUUGAUUUGACUACGGUAGAAAUCAUUUGCCUGCAUCUAAGCACCAUUGAGUUUAAAUAUUUAAACCAGCUGUCUUCCAUGGUGUUAUAUAUCUUUUUAAUUGGAAGAGAAAUGAUUUGGUUUUGUUGUGGUAUGUGAUGCUUUCACAUAAGGAAGGCUUUGGCAACGUUCUUUUUUUGAGGCUGAUUGUUUACUGAACUUUGUGGAAAAUUCUGUAUGACAAUGAAAUCUGGAUAAUGAAAGGUGGACUGUGAAAUGUAACAUCUCUGGAAAGUAAUGCCAUAUUUUGUAUAUGUAUUUAUUUAUAUAUUUUAUAUAAAUAUUUUAUAUAUUUAUAUAAAUAUAUAUUCUUAUAUGUGUCACUAUAAAUGUUUGAUGUCACUGUAGAAAAAAAAAGCCAUCAACUCUGUA